AUGCCUCCUCCCGUGGAGGAUCAAUCAGACACCGAGUCUGGGGACAUUCCUUUCAGAGAUGCGCCCGAGGUUCAAGCAAAUGACAAAGCCAUCGAUAACGAUUCCGACGAAGACGAAGACGAAGACGACGACGAGGAGGAGGAGGGAGUUUACAUUGUUGAGAAGAUCGUUGAGCACAGCUGGUUGGAUGAUGGCACCCUCAAGCUUUUAGUCAAGUGGAAGGGCUACGAAGACCCGACCGAUCAAACAUGGGAGGAAGAAGAAGGUCUCGAAGAGGGAGCCGGUGACGUUCUGGCAGCCUACUACAAGAAGGUUGGCGGAAGGCCAGAAUUACCCGCACCGAAGGCCAAGCCGGGCCGCAAGCGCAAGUCCAUGGCGGACUCCAAGAGCGACACAGUUACCACAAGCCUUUCAGCAGCUGCCGAACCCAAGCGACAGCGUCGCAAGUCACAGAAGGACAUCAAGGGAGAAGAGGCGGACGUCGAGGAAAAUGGCACUGGCUGGUUACCAAAGGGCAAGAGCUGGGAUAACCUUGUCCAAGAAGUUGACACAAUUGUUCGCGACCCCGAUGACAAUGGCCUGUACGCCUGGCUCGUCUUUACCAACGGACGUAAAUCGAGGGUCAUCGUUGAGGCUUGCUAUGAGAAGUGCCCAAUGAAGGCAAGUCAGCCUCGGCUGUAA